AUGCCUUUACUACGGUCUCAUAGUUUUGGUUCUUUGUCCGCCUUACUAGAGUCUCUCGACCCCGAUGCACAAGCAAAACACACUUCUCGACGCUCCAAAACACCCGAGAAGGCUCUCCCCACUCCACCUGACGACAACGUUCCUCCACUUCCAUUCGCGUUAGCCUCACCUGGGUCUCAGCCGACUGUUUCUACCGUCACAGACGAUGCAGUGUCAAUUGCAUCCUCGUUGUCACUCGCAAUUGCGCCGACAAUGACGAAGCGAACACAUGCCCUACUAGAGCUUCUCACUUCAGAACGUGCUUAUGCAUCCGAUCUCGCAUUGAUAAGGGACAUUCACAUUCCGCUUGCACUAGGCCAGCCAGCACCCUUCAGCGUAGCUACACCCGUCACCCCGCCGACAUCGUCUGGAUCGUCGUCGCGCACGAUGUCAACAGCAUCGGACUCAUCAACGUCAUCAUCGCAGAUAGGACCCGCCAUGACACGAGACGACACGAAGAUUGUUUUCAGCAACGUAGCCGAACUGGCAAUGUUCUCCGACACGUUCGUCGAGCGCCUCGAGGAUGCGCUCGGGUCAGUGUUGGAAGGGGGAUUAGGCUACGAUUGCGUAGGAGAGCUGUUUUUAGAGAUUAUCCCUGCGUUGGAACCCCCAUACAAGACGUAUAUCACCCGACAUCCAACAGCGCUCGCUCACCUCAAUGCUUUGCCCUCCAGCCCAGCCCUUACUUCAUAUCUUGAACGCACACGUACGCUCGCCUCUUCACUUACUCACGCGUGGGAUUUGCCCUCCCUCCUCAUCAAGCCCGUCCAGCGUCUACUCAAAUAUCCUCUCCUCCUAGCCGCCAUCAUCGCUGAGACACCAGAUGCUCACCCUGACAAGGAAAACUUACGUUUGGCACGCACACGUAUGGAAGAUGUCGCACGCAGCGUGAACGAAGGGCGCAGGCGGUGGGAAAUCGUCAAAGAAGUGCUGAGCGCCAAAGUGGGGGAGGUACCGAAGAAGAAAGGCGUCGGGGUUGGGGUGACUGCCUCUGUAAACCUGAGUCGAAUGAAGAGUCUGCGUGGGGUUAAGUUGAAGGAGAACAAUGAGGAAGCGGAGCAUGUGGCAGCGAUGGAAGCUGAGCUCAAACGCUACUCAACGUUCGUGAAACAGUUUGCAAAGGAGGUGGUAGAUUGGCGGGCUACGGUGCAUGUGCUGAUCAUGCGCCUGAGAGAAUGGGCGGUUUCGUUCGGCAAAGUAAUUGGGUUGUCGGAAACUCAGAAAUCGGAGGCGUUUGAUGCAUUCAUGACUGUCGUUAGCGACGAACUGCUUGCACUUUCGAACACUCUUGAGACAGACAUCAAGAACCGCCUGCUACUUGACCUCGCAAGUCUUAAAGACUCGAUGCAAGCCCCCUUCCGACUCAUCGACGCUAUGAACACCCUCGAACCAUUGCAUUAUGGCCUAGCUAACCUCAACUUCUCCAAGAACCGACCUCCUCCAGCUCUGCUCGAGGCAUCACAGUCGUACCUUGCUUUGCGCGGGCAGCUUCGCACCGAGCUCCCAGACUACCUUACUCUGCUCGACAAAGGCAUGGCCAUGUGUGUGCUUGAACUCUCACGCCUACAAUCGCGUUUCUGGGCCGACGUGCGGGAUAGAUGGGGUGAUCUGUGGGACGCUCUUAGGGUUGAGGGAGAACGCAAUGCUGGGGCAGAUGAGACGCUAAGGGUGUGGUGGGAGCGUUGGGCAGAUGCAGAACGCCGCAUUCUCGAUAUGAACAUAAUCAACCCUAAGAAGGUUUAUGUCGAGCGGCCAUCACGCCGACGCACCUCUGCAGCUGUAGUCACGACGACACUCUCUGCACUAGACCCUUCCCACGCAUUAUCCCCCACCAGCACAUCAUCCAAACACCGUAGUCAGGGGUCAGUAGACUUUGGUGGCUCACACAGGCGAAGUGGGAGUAGCGCCGCUGGCACUGGUCUCAGCCAGCGACGCUCGAACGAAAGCCUCCGUUCAGGCAAAUCAGGCAAAUCAAAGACGAGUAGACAUAGUCGUCCAGAAGAACCACAGCCCCAGUAUGAAUACUACCCUCACCCACCGCGUCCGACACCCACAUCUGUCCCACAGCCAUCCCCUACACAUGUACCGAAACCGUCGCGCACGAAGAGCGUGCCGAUGGUCCCUCCGGUGCGUACGUCAACAACGUCGUCGUCGCAUGUGUUGAGUGGGGAGGUCAGCCUUCCACCAAGCCCACUGCCUUACAUCGACCUAGACGAUGACCGUGGUCGGACACCUGCCCGUCGUCCAAGUCUAAAGAAGAAGAUUACAGAAAGCCUUCGCCCGUCCUCAUCACAUUCUCGUCACCGUCGCCGCUCAUCGUCAGUCAAGUCACUUGGUGCACCUUCCCUUAUAGCUCCAUCGUAUCACACAACAGACACUGCUCCAUUACCGCCAUACCAGGCUGCCGCUUCAAUGGCCCGACGAGCCGAGUUGCAAGAGACUCGUGCACUAUAUUUAUGUCGUGCGGUGCAUCCGUGCAGCCCGCCAGAUGGAGUGUCCUAUCGUAAUUUACCUUUCUUCACACUUCAAGUUGGAAAUGUCUACAGCGUGUUACGGGAAUAUGGACACCCGUCUACACACGAAGAUCUGCCAUUGUACGUAGAUGAUGGCGAGGACUGCCUACUUCUGGUUCGUGAUCAGUCAGAAGACGUUGGAUGGGCACUUGCGAGUUUCUUGAUUCCAUUGGAUUAA